CCGGGAGAACCGUUACCUGGCAACGCGAACGGAGGCAGAACAGGUUGGGCAGUCCGGGUCUGUGAGGGGGAAGAGGCGAGUGCGGACGGGCGCAGAACAAGAUGAGACAAGGCGGUGGACACAGGAAGGACUGCGGGGACAGCAGCGGCGGGAGCAGGGGGCAGGAGACGGACCCCCUGCCGAUCUCCGGGGCCCUGGCCAGCUGCGAGGAGGCAGGACAGGAUAAUUAUACAUCAGGAACAGAAGGUCAAAUCCAACCGCAAUCAGCACUAAAAAUCCUUCAACAACAGCUGAAAUCAUUUCAGGCACUUCGGCAACAGACUUUGCUGAAUGUUAAUAUGGUACAAUCUGAAAUCAGUGAGAUACUGAAUAAAAAUAUAAUUGACGUCAAAACUCCACAGUGUAGCCCAGACAAGCUUCUGAUGACCAGCACACCUCCUGAGAUGGCUAUGCCUACGGGGAGUCCAGAAACACCAUUGUCUAAGAAGAAAUUUCAUCUUGAUAAGAAACUCUGUAGCACUCAAUCUGUGGAAGCAGAUUCUAAUAUUAUCUUUGGAAAUGUGGUCAGUGAUGUAAAUAUUUCACAUCAGAUUUCAUUAAAAGCUGUAACAACUGGAAAGAUUGAAAACUCAGUAGAACCAAUUAAAAACAAAACUAUGAUUGCUCUAAAAAAUGAUUGUAAAUUGAAGGAUUAUGCCAAAUAUGAAUGUUUUCUACCUUGUACUAAUUUGGAGGCUGAAAGUAUGGUGCCUCCUAAUGAGAAAGUAAUUUUGGAUGAAUCUAAAGCUCCUGUGCCUCUUCUCAAAUAUAGUGAUGAACAUCAUUUAAUAGACAACUUUAGCUAUUCUAUCAAGCCAUUGAAAGAAGAACUUCAAAAGUCUCAUGAACAGGAACUAGCACAUGCAUUUGGACAUCAGAAUAUUUCUUGUAGUCAAAGUAAUGUUUUUGAUGAUAUGUCAGAACAAGACCAAGAAAAAUCUGCUCUUUUUUUAUCUAGAGAGAAAUUACAUGUGGACUUAACAUCAAGGAAAAUUUCAGAAUCUGAGGAAUCGGCAGACAGUUUGCAUGUUGCUCUGGUUUCCCUUAAAGGAAAUAAUCUGAGUCUUGGUCAAGAAUUUAAUAAAGACUCUGAAUGUGACAGCUCACAGAAUUCUUCACAUAUAACUACAUGCAGUACACAAACAGAAACUGAAACCAAGAAUAAAAACAAAGAAUUGCAUAGCACUGACAGUGGUGUUGGCAUGUUCCAGUUAAAUGUCAUUUCUAAAACAGUAAAAGAUAAAUUACUAAUGUUCGAUCACAUAGAGAAACUACAGAAAGAAAAAGAAAAGCAGCUGCAAAUCAUAAAUCAAAGGUUACUAAAGCUUGGAAAUCAGAACUUCUAUGAAAUCAGAGCUGAUGAGUACACCACAAAAAUGGAAGAGUUACAAAAUUCCCUGAAAGAUUCUAAACACUUGCAAAAGAAAGUGAUGGAACUUGAGAAUGAAAAUGUAACUCUCAAGUCAAAAAUGAAACCUCUUACUGUUAUCAUAAGGUCUCUAAGAGAGAGAAAUUCACAGUAUGAGAAGCAAAUUAAGGAUUUAGUUGAAGAAAAGAAAAGUAUGCAAGUCAGGUUAGUUAAAUCAGAAGGAGACAGCAAAGAAUGUAUUAAAGAAGUGAAAAAGUUGUUAAAGAAAUGCAAAGAACUUCAAGAACAAAAGAAAACUCUUGAGGGAGAGAGGAGUGAACUCUGUAGUGAAAACCAAUGUAUGAUGCAAGCAUUAGAUGACUUCAAAAUUAAUAACCAGAAAGCACAAGAAAAUAUGAUUGCUGUUAUCGGUGAAAAAGAUAGGCUCUUUGCGGAACUAGAAUCUUUGCAAAAGGAAUCUUCAGUGUUGCAAGAAGCAAAUCAGAAACUAGAGAUAAAAACAUCCCAGCUUGCAAAAGAAAAGAACUCACUUGAAAAAGUACUUGAAAAAAAUCAGAUUGAAAUACAACAACUGAAAGAAAAAGAAAAUGUAAUGAAAUCUGAACAGGAGACUCUUGUUCACAUAAUGCAAUCACUUAAAGACAAAAAGCUUGAUCUUGAAAUGACAUUGCAAGCAUGUGCUAAUGCUAGACAAACAAUGCAGCAGGCUCUUGAGAAGGUCCAGUCAGAUAAAGCUUACACAGAGGAGAAACUCUUGACCGAACUUCAAAAUACAAAAGCGGAAAGGGAUAUUUUGAAGACUAACUUGUUAAACAUGAACAGAGAAUGGGAGAAUUUAUCAACAGUGGUGGCAAAUAUCACAGAGGACAAUCAGGUUCUUAAAAAAAACCUGCAGGAAUGUAAACAAGAUACUUACAAAUAUGAAAAUAACAUCAGAACAUUGAAUGAAGACCAUUUACUAAUGGAAAACCAUCUGCGGACAAUAGAAAAUGAAAGGGAUGUAUUACAGUUUGAAUUUCGCCAUCUCCAUAAGGAUUAUGUUAAUCUAAGGGACCAAAUUACUGUUCUGGUUAAUGAGCAGCAUAAACACAGUUACAUUUCAGGCAAGGAAAAAUAUCACUCCAUGUAUUCCACUGAAAUUUGUGAAGAAAUUUCUGAUUACAGGUAUACAGCUUUAGAAUCCAAUCCACAAGGUAUGUGCUGUACUUUGCAACAUCUUACUGCACAAGUGUUGUUUUAAUUUAAUUUACCCAGUUUGAGCACCAAUUAACUUUUUAGGUAAAUUACUUACCAAAACCAUUACCACGCUGUACAUUGGUUUGAAUUCCCUGCUUAGGAAAACUCUAGGUAUUUUGGUUUUUUUUUAAGCCUGAAGCAGUUAAGUCUUGGUUGCUUAAUUUAAGAAUUUUUUAUUUCCAAAAAAGGAGAUUCUACAUAACACCCACAUGAUUUUUAUUAUAAUAAAACAAAACCUCAAGGAGAGCCUGAUCCAAAGCCUAUUGAAGGCAUACUUCAUUUACUUUAAUGAGCUCUGGAUUGAACCUUGAGAGUGAUACGUUGUGCUUGGUUUUUUUAAUUGUCCUGAAGUAUCUCUUAAAAGGAAUUACUCCCACUAUUUUUUAAAGAAAACUGUCUUUCUU